AUGGCUGAUAUGGACGAUUGUCUCUCUUCCAUUGAAGAACCAAACAAAGAGCAGGUCUCUAGGAGAACUUGCACUAAAGCUUUUAUGAAAGGACACGCAAUAGGGAGGGCUGUAAAUCUUAACACAUUGAACAGCUAUGAUCAGCUUAAGGAUGUGUUAGAAGACAAGUUCCAGAUAUGGGGUGAGCUUCUGAACAGCAAUCAUAAGUGGGUCCUGCUUUAUAUAGAUCAUGAUGGCGAAAUGAUGAUCGUUGGUGAUGAUCCAUGGCUGGAAUUUCGCAACAUAGCUAAAAAGAUCUUAAUCUACAGCAGAGAAGAAGUCAAUAGGAUGAUGUUGCCAGCUGAUUUUGGGUUCUAG